UCUGAUUGGUCCGUUAGCCGCUGUUUUGACCACGUGAUGCUAAAGAUGGCGGCCAGCACCGGUGGUAAAGACGGUCAGGACAGUAUACUGGAGCCGCUGUGUUUUCCAGAGGAGUCAGCUGAUGGCCCCAGUGCUCCCAGUCUGCAGUGUCCCAGCGCAGAGCCGCUGGUGUGUCUCUUCUGUCCCGAGUCCGUCCCUCUGCAGCAGAAAGACGUCCUCCUCAAACACCUGCUGCUGGAGCACAAGCUGGUCAUCGCCGACGUCAAACUCAUCGCAGACGUCCCAAAGUACAUGUUGUACUGGAAGGGCAGAUUCAUGGAGCAGCCGGUCACAGACUUCUGCAGCGUGAUCAAGACAAACUCCACCGGUCCUGUUGAGAAGCAGGAGGACUACUUCCUGCUGUGUGACGUCCUUCCAGAAGACCGAGUCCUCCGAGAAAGACUCCAACAGAAACGACUGGAGGAGGUGCUGGAGCAGCAGCAGAAGGAGAGAGACGACAGCAGCUUCCAGCGUCUCUGCAUGUUCUGCAGCGAAGAGUUUGCUGGAAACAGGUCGUCUCUGCUGAACCACAUGGCCAGAGAACAUUCCUUCAGCAUCGGACUGCCAGACAACAUCGUCUACUGCGACCAGUUCCUGGACACUCUGCAGAGCAAACUGGACAACCUGCAGUGUUUGUACUGUGAGAAAACCUUCCGAGAUAAAACCACUCUGAAGGAUCACAUGAGGAAGAAAGCUCACCGCCGCAUCAACGCCAACAACUGCGAAUACGACCGCUUCUACGUCAUCAACUACCUGGAGCUGGGGAAGACCUGGGAGGAAGUGCAGAGCGAGGAUGACCGAGAGCUGGUAGACGAUGAAGACGACGACUGGUCGGACUGGCGGGCUCAUCCGGUGUCUGCUGUGUGUCUGUUCUGUGAUCAUCAGUCAGAGACGAUGGAUCAGAUCUACACACACAUGAAGGAAGCUCAUGGUUUUGAUCUCCACAAAGUGAGGACAGAACUCAAUCUCAGGUUCUACCAGCAGGUGAAGCUGGUGAACUUCAUCCGGCGGCAGAUCCACCAGAGCCGCUGCUACGGCUGCCAGGAGAAGUUCGCCUCCAGAGACGACGUCCUCCGUCACAUCGAGGCUGAAGGUCACGUGAUGAAGCUGCCGGACAUGUCGACCUGGAAUCAACCACAGUAUUACUUCCCCACGUAUGAGAACGACGCCCUCCUGUGCACACUAUCUGACAGCGAUGAAGAUGAAAGUGACGAGACAAAUCACAGCGAAGACGUCCCGGUUAUCGCCGAGGACAUUUCCAACCUCAGAGCGCUGAAACAGAGCAGCGUCCUCCACCAGCUGCUGAAGACCAGAGACUCCUGCAGAUAGGACGGCAGACAGUUUUGGGAAGUGGGGUGUUUGGACUUCUUCGUUUCUUUCCUUUGGACUGAAUUCUUCCUCUCACCAGACUUGUCGUCCCUGUGUGCAGCAGGGCUGUGAAAAAGUGCUAAUAAACUGAAGUGUUUUUGCUGGAUCUGUCAGUACAGAACAGUAUUUUUCUCCACACUUGUAGGCACUUAAAACCAUGCUCUGCGAAAAGCUAAUUACACCAAUUAUGCGCCCUGAACAUGCACUUUAAAAGAAGCCUUUUCAGAAGUGCAGACUCGUCUGCAGCUCAGACGACUGUCAGCAUGUCUUACUUACUAAUUCUCUCUAUUCAAGCGAUAAUAUGAAACAUGUUUUUCUUGAAUAUGAAGUUUAUCACUUAAAGUAAACCUAAAGUUUUCUUUUGUAAAUUCAGAAACUUUUGCCAGUACUUAAUAUAAGUCAUGAAAACUGCAGUGCUGAUUGAACACUCGAUUUCAAUCGUGUUUAAAGUAAAACAGGAUUUGAGAACAAAAAGUGUCUUCCAUCUCUUUUUGGUAAAUAAAUGUUCAUCAAUC